AUGCCUGACAAAACCGUGCUGAUCACCGGCUGCAGUGCCGGCGGGAUCGGCUACGCGCUUGCGCAGCACUUCCAGAAACGAGGGUUGACUGUUUUCGCGACAGCACGGAGCCUGUCGAGCAUGACCGGCCUCGAAACGCUUCCCAACACCACGCUGCUUGCCCUCGACGUGACCAAGCCCGCCGAGAUGGCCGCAGCGGUCGAAGAGGUCCAGACGCGAACGGGAGGGAAACUCGACUACUUGGUCAACAACUCGGGACAGCAGCAAUUCCGGCCCGUGCUGGACCACGACAUCGACCAGGCCAAGGACAUGUUCGAGGUCAAUUUCUGGGGUGUCGUGAGGAUGGUCCAAGCCUUUGCGCCGCUUCUUAUACAGGCCAAAGGCACCCUGGUCAACAUUGGUUCCAUUGCCGCAUAUCUGUGUCCCCCUUUCUCCGGCAUCUACAAUGCCUCCAAGGCCGCCGUCCACGCGCUCGACGAAACACUCCGCAUUGAACUUGCCCCAUUGCAAGUCAAGGUCCUGACCGUGGUGACCGGCUCCAUCUCGACCCUGAUCACCAAGAAAUCCCCCCCGCCCAAUCUGCCCCCGACGUCGAAGUACCUCCCGACGGAAGAAUACAUGGAGCACCUCAUCCAGGGAACGGCGAACUUCACCACAUCGAAGCCGGCCGUCUUUGCAGAGCAGGUGGUGCAAGACGUCCUCAACGGCGUCACGGGCAAGACUUUCCGAGGAGCAAAUGCCACGGCGACACGCUUCCUGCCUCCCCUCGUGCCGACUUUUGUCAAGGACAAGAUCCUGACCAAUGGAACUGGCUUGGACAAAGUGGGAAAGUGA